AUGUACGAACAUAUACUUUUUGAGAACUUUCGUUGGUACGGUUCGGCUGCAGUGAAGCGUGAAAUAAAAAAGCCCCCACCUCCUCCUAGUCCUACCAGGUCAUAUUCGAAUGGACCUAUCUUCCCUAAGAAUCGUUCAAUACCCUGUAGCCCGACCACUGGGUCCCCGACUAGCUGCUACCUUCAGAGCCCGCCCCCUCCCAGCCCGACUGGCAACUGUGCAAAUGGUCCUAAUUUCCUUCAGACAUUCCCAAAACAAUACAAUAGAAUACUGGCGAGUUCAGAAGACUAUUUCCAGCAACAGAACCCACCACCUCCCCCCAGCCCCACUCGGGCCAUGAAUAUGGCAAACGGGCCAAACUUUCCUCAAAACUUAUCCUCGUCGAAUUCUGCAUAUAUUCAGAGUCCACCUGUUCAGUAUAGUUCAGCAAUGCCAGCGUUUCCUCAGAAUCCAUCAAUGCUAUUCAGUUCCCCAGGUCAGGGUGUUUCCAACAUUCCAUCAACUGACUGCUCCACAGGUCUGACAUUUUUAAAUAGCCCCUCAGUACAGAUGCCCUCUAGCCCUACUCGCUCUGUCCCUCAUAGUCCAACUAGGAGCCUGUCAUGUGCGAGUCCAUCAAUUGAAUAUCCUCAAAGCCCAGUUUGGUCUUUUCCUCGUAAUCCAAUGCGGAGCUUAUCUAUACAGAGUGCACCAGAUCAGGUCCCAUCUAGUCCGAUUCAUUCCGGGGCUUCUACCCCUACGAGGAGACUAUCAUUGGAGCAGUGCUUUCAACCGCAAUAUCCCCCUUGCCCAAGUAGAACAAUGCCUCUGAGCCCUAUUGGGAGCAUGCCUUGUAUCCAAAGUUCCCAGCCACAUUAUCCAUCUAGUCCAACUCAUGCUAUGCCUCAUAGUCCUUCUAGUACGAGGCAUAUAUCAUUUGUGCAAAGUUCACAGCCCCAGUACCCAUCGAGUCCAACUCGGACAAUGCCUCUGAGCCCUAUUGCCAGCAUGCCUUGCAUUCCAAGUUCUCUGACUCAGUAUCCCCCCAGUCCCACACGAACAAUGCAUUAUAGCCCUACUACUACAAGAAGACUAUCAUUGGAACAAUAUCCACCUAGUCCUAUUCGAACAAUGCCUCUAAGCCCGAUAGGAAGCAUGCCCUGCAUUGCAAGUUCUCUGCACCAGUAUCCCCCUGGUCCAAGUCAAACAAUGCCACAGACCUUUCUGCAAAAUUCGGAACCCCACUUCCCCUCCAGUCCAACACGAACGAUGCCUCACAGUCCUACAAGGACUCAGCCAUUUGUGCAAAAUUCACAAAUCAAGUACCCCUCCAGUCCAACUAGAGGACUGCCUCAUAGCCCUGCCAUUACUAGGAGUCAAUCUUUCGUUCAGAGUUCUCCUGUACCCAUUCCCCCAAGCCCAACUCGAAACGUUCCACCGAAUUCAAUAUUCCCCAACACGCCUCAGUUUCCUCAGAGUCCAGGGCCAUGCAGUCCUUCAAGACCUACUUUCUUUCCACAAGACUUGUCAUUUCAACCGAGUUCUGCAAAUCAGUUUCCUUCAAGUCAAUCUCAAACAAUUCCACACAGCCCCACAACAUCUUCUUAUUUGUAUACUCAACCAGAUCCAAUUCCCACCACUCAGACUCGAAUUCUGCCUUCUGAUUCUGUAGUUGACUUUCCUAUUGGGCCUCCAAAUUCACAGGGCUCAUUUAUGUCACGGAGCCCAACAAGACCUAAUGCUUUCCCACAGAGCCUACCAACUCAAGUGCCUAGCAUAUCUCAAGGGCAGCAUAUCUCAAGUGGCCAAACUCGAACCAUGGCUCAUAGUCCUACUCAGAAUCCAUCAUAUCUGCAGAGUCCGACUGGCCCAGUUUCCCAACAAAACAUGCCUGGCAGUCCAUCUAGGAAUCUCCCUCUUAUGCAGAGCUCAUUCAUGAAUGAAGCAGGUCAACAUGAUUCGAGCGGUAUGGCCCGGAGUCCAUCAUUCCCGAUGGAUCUACUGUUUGCGCCAAGCCCUACUGCCCCACCUAAUCAGACAUAUCCAUAUAACUAUGAUAUCUCACACAAUCACUGAAUGGGAAACACUACUAGAAACUGUCUGUCUUGGUAAAGGGUGCAUUGACUGAAGUUUAUCCCUUGGGUGAAGGACUUACGGUGUAUGCACCCUGUGGAAUAAGCGGUAACCUCACUGUGUAUCUCCCACCCCUCAGAGGCAAGGCCAGCCACCUCUCUUGAGCAAAUCCAGCCACUGACUGAAGGCCACCUCGUAUGGGCUGUUUAUAUAACUAGCAGCUUCCUCACUGUGGCAAGAACUCAUUCCAACACUGAUGACGGAGAUGCAAUGUUGUUUGAAAGCCUGGAGAUAGUACCUUGUGUGUCCUGGCAUAGCCUCACCCAAGUGAGGGAGCUGUAACUUGGAUGAACGAUAGAAUCUGAGGUUGGAUUUGCUCGGAGAGUUCUUUGGCCUUAACUCAAUCAUAGACGUGGGAGAUACUCCGAGACAUUGCUGCUGAUUCCACAGGAUGGUAUGAACUGUUUUGUUCAUGUGAGAGAGAAACUGUUUGGACAGUUGUAUGUGUUCAUAAAUAGCAAUGUAAAUGUGUGAUGUAAGGAAGACUACUGGUGUAAACGAUAUUUGUCAAAUGGAGUAUAUGGGAAUAAGUCUGUUACAUUGUGAUUUGUCUGGUGCUAAAUUUUGUACUCAAUUGUUGAAAUAAUAUUGUCAUUGUUGGACUCAGGCGUUGGCAUUAUACACAUGCGCAAUCAAGGGGAACCUGGAUUAUUAUAAUUGCUUCAGCUGCUUUAAGCUGCCCUUGCUUGUUAGAUACGCUCAUGUAGACAGCUGCCACUGUGCCACUGUUUGCAGCAGCUUUUAGGUUUUAGUCAGGUUCCUACAGGCAUUAGGCGUCGCUGAUUUUUACUAGGGUAUGCUGUGGUAUGUCCUGACCACAAAAAUGAUGUCAAAACUCAGAGGAAAUUAAAGUCAUGUCUCACAUAAUGCAAUUCCCUAGUGACAGUCAGCUCCGCAUAGCAGCUGUUGUAGUCUUGCUUGUGCCCUUUUAGGGUAAGGUGGGAACCCAAAGGUCUUUUGUCAUUCAUGACAAUAAUCAUCCGACAGGAUUUGUCAACAGAAAAGUGUGUACAUGUAGUAUGUUGAUUUGUUAUAACAUAAUUGGGAUGGUUGUUUCUUAAUACUUGCUGUAUGGCCAUUGUCGAUUUUCGUAUUAUCACUUGACACUUUGUGGAAUAUUCAUAUGACUGACUUAGUGGCUAUGAACGGCAUUGUAAGAACAGUUUAGGUUGUGCUCAUUCUUGUAGUUAUUGGUCAAGGUUCAUUUUAGAUUUCUUUGUUACUCUUACUUCAUGUUACUCUCAUGGCAAAACGUGACAUUUGCAGUUGUAGUAUACAUAUGCUGUUAUGUUGACUCUCACAAGUUACUAAAUGGGGUUUUGGUUAUUGGUCUGUCAUCACAUCUUAACUCUUUCAGCCUGCAGGCCGAUUUUGAAAGUCUGAUUUUCAGAAAUUAGAAUCGGUUUUUAGAUCAAACCGCGCGUAACGAGUUACGGAAGGAAAGGGUAAAUACAUUGAGCACAUUGGCCACAUUAGUAUUCUAGCAAACUAGCAUGUAAAGUCUCUCUCUAUUGUUUUAUAGUACUUAUUAAGGCACAGAUUACGGUGUACCAACGGCACUGAUGUCAACAGGGAUAAGUGAAGAAUUAGUUGUCCACACUAAAAGCCUCAUUAGCAUCCACAGUAAAUCUCUCGUCGUUCCCAUCCAGAAUGGUACUUUGUAUGGUCUUCCAGAAAAUUCCACUGUUUCACUCGGCGCAUAAAAAAUUUGGGUGGCAGUGUAGUUUGCCGUAGCAUGUAACACCUGUGCUCAAACAGUUGCAAUGCAAUGUUUGGACUUUUCCAGUUAGUGCAUUUGACAAGUCCAUAAAAGAAAGCGAAGUGUAAAAGUUAUAAGACACAGUUAUUUUCAUGUAUAAACUUGAUGAAUUAGUCUUCUUUUCUUGCCUGUUUCAACCAUCCCUGAUUGCGUUGUUAAUUCUUUUUGUCAAAACUUGCUGUGGUUACUGGUGCUGGUGUUGGUUGUGACGGUCUUUCGAGACCAUAUUCCAUAUUUUGGGGAAAGGGUUAAGUUUUGAGAAUGCAAAUUUGAUAGAAGUGGAGAUGGGGUGUGACUUAAGAUGGUGAUGUGGGCAGGUCAGCUGCAACAGAGAAAUGUCCGACUUCACUUUCAAAGAACCCUCUUUAUAAGUGACAGUACAUUUGGUCCCAAAUAGGCCAUUUUCAUUACAUUUGCCCUCUUUAAUCAGGACACCACUCAAUUCAGGACAUUUUUCAGUCCCAAGGUUGUUCAUAAUAGAGAGGUUUCUGCUGUACUGAAUUCUACCAUGCCUGUCGAUUGUGAUUGGGGCAUCUGUCAUAAACAUUUAGGCCAAUGUAAGAGGUGAAACAUCAUCAACUUCACUGCUCAAAUGAUUGUAAUGUUUGGAGAUAAGAAAUCUUGUUCUUUUAAGAGAUUCGGUUUUCACUAACAGCAAUGGUCGCAGACAUGCAAUGUGAUAACUAUCACAUGGUGAUUGAAUGUUCGCUUUAGAUUGUUACAUGUGCAGGUGAAAUGAGUCUCUCAAAGGAAUGCACAGAUUGGAUCUAUUUCAUGAUCACAAUGUUACAUUUUGUACUGUACAGAUAGAAUCAUGUUCAUUUUAUGUAUAUUGGAACAAGAAAUAAAUUUGUGCAAUAUGUUUA